GCAGCUUCCCAAAAUCUUUGUUUAAGUCUUACCCAGAAAAAAUGUAUCCUCCAACACAUGAUUAUGAGAAACAAGCAGGUGAACACUAUCCAGCUCCUUUCCCUGCUUCAGCACCUCCAAAUACUACCCCUUCUGGACACCCGUAUGCUACGGCUCCUUCAUUUAAUAUAGCCUCUGGUGUGAGGGCUCAUGCUGUUGCAGGGAGGUGGUCUUCUGGUCUUUGCCAUUGUUGUGAUGAUCCUGCAAAUUGCUUGAUCACUUUCUUCUGCCCCUGCAUCACAUUUGGACAGAUUGCUAAUAUAGUUAGCAGAGGCUCUUCAUCUUGUGCUUCUAGCGGCACAAUCUAUGGGCUUCUUCUGGGUUUUACUGGCUUGUCAUGUUUGUACUCUUGCUUUUAUCGUUCAAGAUUGAGGGCACAAUAUGACUUGGAUGAGACACCAUGUGUAGACUGCUUAGUGCACUUCUGCUGUGAGACUUGUGCUCUGUGUCAAGAAUACAGAGAGCUCAAGAGUCGUGGGUUUGAUAUGGGGAUAGGCUGGGAAGCGAACGUGGACAGACAAAGGCGUGGAGUUACGGCGGCUCCAAUGGUGGUGCCAGGCAUGACAAGGUGAAAGGGGACAUUAAGGCCAUUUUGCUCCUCCUCCUGCUGCUUGCUUGUGCAGCUUCUUUUCAGUCGUAUAUAUGAUUUAAAAAAUUGUUAAAUCUACAACUCUUUUAUAUUUUGUUAACACACGUCGGUAUAUGAUUGGAAUGUGUUAAUUUUUUUUUAGUGACCGGCUGGCGUGGCUCCAAUCACAUGCCAAUAAAUGUCACUUUGUUGUAAAAGUGUCGUAGAAGAGUUGAAAGAGUAUCAUUACCCAUAUGAUUCAUGCUAUUGUUAAUUGGAGUGUUUGCUUUUGUUAUUCUCGUCGGGGAAUAAAAGUAAAAUUUGUGCUAAUGUAGCCGGUGUAAUAAUAUAUAU